AUGUUAUUCCAUGAGGGUGUGGUUUGUGUUGUGAAUCGGGAUCCGCUCCUGCCGUGUGCCGUUGAGGUUGGGGACAUCGAAGCAGAGCCCUUCUUUCACGGCCUUUGGGGAGGCUACCGCCAAGAUUGGGAUGGCGAGUUUGGCUUUCGAUUUCUGGCAGAUGCCACCUUCCUCAUAACAUCCCUUGACAGGUAUGUGACCUUUGAGAAUGGUUUGCAGGAAGAAACUGUCGUGACCCUUUGGGAAGCUGAUUCCCAGACGAAGCUUGCCAGCGUAGUUGUGGGUCCUGACUCUUCUCUUCUGGAUGGCUAUGCCUACACAGAGGUCUUCCCCCGAGUUGUAGCUCGACUUGGUCAGGAGUAUCGGCUCACCCAAACGUGCUACAGAGGCAUGAAAGAUCCCUGGCCCGAUGGACAUUAUGGCGCUGAGGAUCUACACUCGCAAAUGCAAGGCUUUGCGAGGUAUUUGGGAGGUGCGUACGACUGCCAUGGCGGUUUUCCUUCUUUUUGCGAUGCUGAAGUAGGGCGACGCGCUGGGAUGUUGAACUUCAAAGCUAUCCGUGGUAUUGCAACUGUGCCAAUACAUCCGCAGAUGACCAUGUACGAGCUGAAGCAGCAAUUAGAAUUGGCCACUGGUGUGCCACCCAUUCAACAAGAGUUGUCCUGCAAGCUGAAGCCCCUAUCAGACAACAGCUCCACCAUCAGCGGUGAAGGAAUAGCCAAUGGUGAACUACUGAUUCUGGCGGUGCGAGCGGGCUCCUUGGUGGCGACUGCAUCCAGGGAUGGCACUGCCAGGCUUUGGUCUGUGGAGUCGGGUGAGUGCUUGCGGAUCUUGUCGGGGCAUGCUGAUGCUGUUGUGGAUGUGGACUUUGCACCUAGCGGCAGCACAGUGCUCACAGCAUCCAAGGACAGAACGGCCCGCCUUUGGACCGUGGAGACUGGAGACUGCGCAGCGAAGUUGGAGGGACACACUGCACCAGUGGUGCGUGCUGCCUUCGCACCUUCAGGUGCUCAAGUUGUCACAGCCUCACAGGAUCACACAGCAAGGGUGUGGAUGAUUGAUGGUACUUGCACCCAAGUCUUGGACAAGCACCUGGGGGCUGUGGUGAAUGCCUGCUUUUCGCCAGAUGGUUCCAGAAUCAUCACUGCCUCAACUGAUUGCAGCACUCGGAUUUGGGACCCCACCUUUGGUGACUGCCUGCUGACACUGAAGGGCCCAGGUGGUGGCAUUGUGGUGGCCAAGAUUUCCCCAGACAGUUCACAGAUCUUGAGUGCUGCCAUCGGCACCCAGGGAGUCGUUGUUCACGAUGCAGCUACUGGGGCCGUUCUGCAGAAACUUGCGGAGGGCCAGCCGGUUCAUGAUGCUGCGUUUUCACCUGAUGGAUGUUACAUCAUGGCAGCCUGCUGCGACUGGAAAGUCCGCAUUUGGAGCACAGCAACCUUCAAGUGCUUGCAGGAGUUGCCUCAUGAGGGACAAGUCCUCUCGAGCACUUUCUCCGCCGACGGCUCUUUCGCUGUCACUGUUUGCGCAGACCUGACUGCUCUGGUUUGGCGCGUGGCGACUGGGGAGUUGGUGCACAGCUUUGUUGGGCAUUCAGGUCCUGUGACCACUGCGUCCUUCAGUCCUGACAGCACCCGUUUGGUCACAGGCUCUGAGGAUUGUUGUGGGCGAGUUUGGGACGUGGUGAGUGGAAAAUGUGCUGUCAUGCUCUUGGGCCAUGAGGCGAGGUUGGAAGCCACUUGUAUUUCACCUUGAUCAUGGAAAACAAAUAAUUG